AGUUCCCAGUACCAUGGGAGAAUGAGAGGGCAACAUUAAUAUUCGGGCGUGUCACGUCUGCGAAGGCCAGAAUAGACGAUGCGAAUCGCUUGGCCAAACGCCGUAAGGAAGAGCCUACCUGCUGGUGGAGUGAGAAUGAAGUAUUGACCGUACUGUACGAUACAGUGCGUGCUUUGGUCAUGGGUGUGCCAGAUAUCGCACACAAGUUCUUCAGACAUGGAUCCAUCGAAGUGAAUGAGGCCACAUUCUUUGGUAUCUCUUCCAUAGUUGCGUUUUAUUUGCUGUUGUCCGGACGGAUAUUCACGAUGGUGUCUGCGUUGAUCCUGAGACCCAUACCGACCCUUGUGCUGUAUGUGGCGGCUCCGUACAUAAGAAUAUGGACUAUGGGCAGGAAGGUGCUGGUUACUUGGCGGUAUAUAAAGCAAGAGGAGUCUGAGUCGGCCAAAGUAGAACCCAACCCCACCGCAGAGGUCAACAAAGCUCAGAAAGUGGCUGGUGCGCGCAGGAGGAAGGCAGCGAAGCCCGACACACAGGCAAUGGGUACGGACUCUUCCCUUGAGGACACGGAUACCAAUACAAGCACUACAAGUGAGUCAGCAAGUGCGAUAGACGGCUCAGUGGGUCCCGGAAUGGCGGCGACGGAAAGCGCACCUUCUGCAACUGACGGCUGGUUUACGUCCGAGAUAACUCUGAUGAACACACGACCCGUUGAGAGGCGGACGGACUAUCGCAACUGGGGCACAAGUGUAGUGCAGUUUGAUUUCUUGUUGCACUUUACGAAGAAUGUCAUUCCAUUGCUCAUGGUCACUGCCACGGGUCAGGUCUUCAGUGGAAUUGUGGCGUAUUUGGUGGUGGGACAGGUAGGUAGCAGGGUG